AAUAUUACAAUCAGGGGCCAAAAAAAUGCUGCUUUUUUUUCUUGUGCUUUCACUUUUUUUUCUCCUUUCUCACUGCCUCAUGUCGUUUCCUGGCGGACGGCUCGACGCGGGGUGCAUUCUCACCAUGUACAGGAUGGAGAAGGAUUUGGGCCCAGUCGUCGUGCAGGUCCUAGAAAUAAGGAGGAUCCAGUCGACGAACAGGAAUAGCUCGGACCAGGCACCGCAAGAGAGAUACAAGCUCAUCAUCAGCGACUCCGUCCACGCCAUCUCCGCCAUGCUGACCACGCAGCUCAAUCACCUGGCGCAGAGCGAGUUGAUACAGGCCAAAUGCAUCGUGCGCCUUACGGAAUACGUCUGUCAGCCCAUCGAGUUCAAGAGCGGGAGGUUCAGAAUCGUCGUGAUCGUGGGCAUCGAGGUCGUCUCGAAGGCGCUCGCCCACGUCAUCGGGAGUCCCGUGGACGUCUCAACGCUCGAAAACGAGGAGCAGCCCCCGGUCAAGCAGGAGGCGACCAACUCCGUCUUUCCGAUCAAACUUUUGGACCCGUACAUUCAUAAGUGGACCAUCCGCGCUCGGUGUUGCAGCAAGUCAGACAUCAGAACCUGGCACAACGAGAGAGGAAGCGGCCGACUCUUCUCUGUUAUUCUAGUCGACGAGAGCAGUGAGAUCAGAGCCACCUGCUUCCAAGACGCCGUCGACAAGUUCUUUAACUUAUUCGUUGUAGACAAGGUCUACCUCAUAUCUCAGGGACAGUUGAAGUUCGCCAACAAAAAGUUCAGCAAUGUGAAGCACGCUUAUGAGUUGACGCUCGACUGCAACUCCCAAGUUACCCUGUGCAGCUCCGAACAAAACAUCCCCUACCUCCACUUCGACUUCGUGUCCAUCGACAGCCUCCAAGAAUCCAACAAGGACGACCUGGUUGAUGUCAUAGGUGUUCUGGCCUCCGCCAAGCCCGUCACCGUCCUUCAGACCAAACGCGGCGAUACGCCCAAAAGGUCACUCGAACUGAUCGACGACACCAACCGAUCCAUCGAACUCACCCUCUGGGGUGACCGCGCGCUCACCUUCGACGACGUCCUGUCCCAACAUGGACAAAACCCCGUCAUCGCCGUCAAGGGCGCCCGAGUCAGCCUCUUCGGGGGAAAGUCUCUCUCUUCCAAUAACUCUUCCGAGUUCGAAAUCAACCCCGACAUCCCCAGAACUAAGCAGCUGCGCCUCUGGUACAACUCGCUCUCCAGCUCCAACAAAGACGCCAUUCCCUCCAUCACUCAGGGCUCCAGCAGGGCGGCAUUCUCCUUCAACCAACCCGAAAAGACGCUCUCGUCUAUUCACUCCGAGCACCUCGGACUCAACGCCUCUGCCGACUUUCUGCACAUCCCUAACGUCACCUUCACCUCCAUAAAAAAGGACGGCACCCUCUGGUACAGGGCCUGCGCCAACCAAGAGUGCAGGGGCUGCAAGGUCCACGAAGACUCCGGCGGGUUUCGAUGCACUCACUGCAACUCCUUCAACAACUACCAGCUCCGCUGGGUCCUCAGCAUCACCGCCUUCGACCACACCGGCAAGGAAUUCCUCAACGCCUUCUCCGACGUCGGCAACACCGUCAUGUCCUACACCGCCGACCAGGUCUCUCAACUCAAGGACCGCAACGACGACGCCGCGUUCUACCAAAUCUUCGAAGAAGCUCGCUUCAAAACCUACCACAUCCGCGUCCAGGUCAAAAGCGAAGUCUACAACGACAAUCAACGACUUCGUUGCAACAUCAUCAGCCUUGUCCCCGUUGAUUUCGUCGAGGACUCAAAAAGACUCCUCGACCGCAUCUCCGCUCUCCGAAACACCUCCGGUCCAUAAGCGCGGAAUCCAUAAAAAAAAAAACCUUCUCUCUAUUUCCCUGAA